AUGCAAUAAUAAAAAACACAAUUACUUAUAGAUCAUGAAAUAAUAUCCAGAAGAUACAAACACGUUGGAGUAUUAGGAAAAGGAAGAGAUUUCAUGUAUGAAGUACCAAGUGUAAUACACAUGAUGUAAGAUAAAUUUAAUGAAAAGAAGGUAAUAAUGUAGAUAUUUCCAGCAUUAAACGAAGAAAUAUUAAAGAUGAAACUAUAUCAAUUAAAAUAAUCAAAUUUCGACAAUUAUAUAUCAAACUGGAUUCGAAUAAUAGGUUAUACAACAAAGAAAUAGAACAAAUCGACUUCAGAUUUAAUAAUAUUAUAUUAAGUAGAUGGAAUAAUAGGACCUACUUUAGAAAACAUAAUAUCAAAACACAAAAAAGACAAUUAAAGUUUCUCUGAAUAAGAAAUUUUAGAGUACAUAUAUAUAAUGUGUGAAUCAAUGAAAGUAUCUUAAACUUCAGAAUAUUUAGAUUUAAGCCCUGUAAAUAUUUUUGUUCCUCCAGAAAAUACUCCUACAAAAGCAAAAUAUUAUAUUUCUAAUUGUGGUCUAAGUUUUAAAGGUACAAAAUGGGAUAAAAAGUUUUAUUGUCCUACGGAUAGUUUUUUUACAGUCAAAAUUAGUGAAAGAAAUGCACAUAUGGCAACUAUAAUUAAAAUAGCCCUAUUUAUUAUGAAGGCGAACUUCUAAGAUGGAUAAAAAACUAAUGGAUUAUAAUACUACAAAGAUGGAUUUAAAUACAUAGGCGAAUUUAAAUAAGAUAAAAAAUAAGGAAAAGGUUAAUUGUUUUGGCCUAAAAGUGUAAAAAACUGGGUUGGAGAAUUUAUAGAUGAUCAAAUGCACGGAAAAGGUAAAAUGACAAUUUUUAGAAACGAGGAAAGCAAAGAAAUAGAAGUUGAAUUCGAAAAAGGAAUUGAAAAAAAUGGAUAAGAAAUUUGA